UUCCCAUAGUUGGAACACAUGAUACUUCCUGCAUCUGGAACACAAACUUCCUGUAUUUGUAAUGCAUAGAAUUCCUGUGGCCGGUUACAAGCAUGUUAUGGAGCAAUACUGAAUAUUGUGAACUUGCCAAGACUGUUGCCCCAUUAGAUUCCUCAGGUGCAGGAACCCUACAGCUACAAUUUUUUUUGCAAGUCAAUGGUCCUUCUCAUCACUGACCCACCAAGGAUGGACGAGGGCAGAAACCACAUGGCUACGAGGAUAUUAGACCUCACCCUAGAGAUCAUCUACCUGAUAACUGGAGAGGAUUACACAUUAGUGAAGAGGUCGUCUGAUAAGUGUGUGACACCCCAUGUGUCCAGGACCCCAGGAGCCAUCACCGAGCCUCCACCUCAUUCACUGAUACAUGAGCAGAAGAUCCUAGAACUUACCAACAGGAUCACUGAGAUGCUGACCAGAGAGGUUCCUAUAAGGUGUCAGGAUGUCACUGUCUAUUUCUCCAUGGCGGAGUGGGAUUAUUUAGAAGGACACAAGGAUCUGUAUAAGGACGUCAUUAUGAAGGAUCACCAGCCCCUCACAUCACCGGAUGAGUCCAGUAGGAGAAAUCCACCAGAGAGAUGUUCCAGUCCUCUAUAUUCCCAGGAUUGUCCAGAGGAAAAGCAAAAUAUCCCACCUGAUCAAAAGGUGGGAUUAUUGCAGGAAAGUUAUGGAGAAAUGAUAAGUGAACUCGAAAAGCCCAUAUCAGUGUCAGUAAAUGGUGAAGACUGUAUGAGAGGCAUCCAUGAACGUCUCCUUUUAUCUUCCUCAUAUGAAGUAGACACAGAUUCACAGACUGACAAAUCUACAAUUGGACAUCGAAUGGGAAAUUUUUUUGCGUGUUCUGAAUGUGGGAAGCAGUUUAAAAAGAAAUGUCAUCUUUCCACGCAUGAAAGAAUUCACACUGAUGAAAGGCCAUUUACAUGUACAGAAUGUGGGAAAUCUUUUAGUCAGAAAUCAAGUCUUGUGACACAUCAGAGAAUUCACACAGGAGAAAAGCCGUUUUCAUGUUCAGAAUGUGGGAAAUGUUUUACUAGGAAAUAUUAUCUUGUUGAACAUAAGACCAUUCACACAGGAGAGAAGCCAUUUCCAUGUUCAGAAUGUGGGAAAAGUUUUAGGCAGAAGUUUAGUCUUGUUCAACAUCUGAAAAUUCACACAGGAGUGAAACCAAAUUCCUGUUCAGAAUGUGGGAAAUGUUUUAGCCAGAGAUCACCUCUCAUGGAACAUCUCAAAAUUCACACAAAGGAAAACCCAUAUUCAUGUUUAGAAUGUGGAAAAUGUUUUAAUUAUAAAGCAGUUCUUCUAAAACAUCUAAGAACUCACACAGGGGAGAAGCCAAAUUCAUGUUCAGAAUGUGGGAAAUGUUUUAGUGACAAAUCAAGUCUUGUAGAACAUUUGAGAACUCACACAGGAGUGAAGCCAUAUUCCUGUACAGUAUGUGGGAAAUGUGUUAGCCAUAAAUCAGAUCUUGUGAAACAUCUAAGAGUUCACACAGGGGAAAAGCCAUUUUCAUGCUCAGAAUGUGGAAAAUCUUUUAGUCGGAAAUCAAGUCUUGUGAAACAUUUUAGAACUCACACAGGAGAUAAGCCAUAGCCAUGUACAGUAUGUGGGAAAUGUUAUAACCAUAAAACAAGUCUUUUGGAACAUCUAAGAAUUCGCACAGGGGAGAAGCCAUUUUCAUGUCCUGAAUGUGGCAAGGGUUUUAUUCAGAAAUAACAUGUUGUGGAAUAUCUGCAAACUCAUUCAGUGGAGAAGCCACAUUCAUGUUCAGAAUGUGGAAAGCGUUUUAGUCACAAAUGGGCGCUUGUGGAACAUCAAAGAAUUCACACAGGUGACAAACCAUAUUCAUGUAUAAUAUGUGGUAAAUGUUUUAGCCAGGCAUCAUCUCUUAUGGCACAUCAGAGAGUUCAGUUAAGUAAGAACCCAUUUUGAUGUUCAGAUUUUAUAAAAGGUGGCAGGUGUGGAGCUUCACUGUAGGACCUGCAGCCUCAAGAUGCCUUCUGAACACCACCAUACUUGUCCACACUUUGUAUGCGGUAUUGCAGUUCUCCCCAUUCACUUGGGUAAAGCCAAGCUUUAAUAUCAGACACAACCCAUGGACAGGUGUGGUGUAGUUCCUAAAAAAAAGCCGUCAUGUUUCUCAGAUUCUUUACAACCCCUGUAACCCUUUCCCACAUGAUGACAGACAUGUAGGUUAUAGAAUGCCUUCAGUUGGUGUACUAUAACAUACAUGUAUGUCAUGAUGAUCACAUGGGUUAAUGCGCUGUGUAAGAACCACAGGAGUCUCAGUCUGGGAAACCUUUGAUCCCAGCUGUUUAACUUCUUGUAAGCCAAAGUCAAUGGAGACUGCAGUAUCAAGUUAGUUUAACAGGGGGAAGGGUAUCCCAUAGCUGGGUACUGAGAGCUGGGUGUAACAAUCGCCUCCUAUUAGGACCUAUAUAGAGCCAUGGCUUAAAAGGCUGCCUGUCAGCAGAGCAUUGGCAGCCAAGCAUAAAACACUACACCAGAUGUUUAGUAUAUUAUUUAUUUGAUCAAAGGAUUUCAGAUAUGGGUCUGCUUGUGUGACUAAUGUAAUAUUGUUUUUAAAUGUAAAAAAAAAAACACUAAAGAAAUCACAAUUAAUUUAGUUUAUUUAAUAUUAUGUUUUAGAAUUGAGGGGAAAAAAAACUACAAAAAAAAGCUAAAAAUUGGCAAGGAGAAGGUAUUUUUUUAUCCAGCAAGGUGAACAAAAAAGAGCAUUGAUAUUUGCCUUCCAAAAAGCAGAAUAAAAAGUAAUCAAAAGGACGUAUGUUCCCCAGUAGGGCACCAAUAAAACCUAAGGAUUGUCCUGCAAAAAAUAUUAUGCAAAAGUAGCAAAAUAUAAAAAAAAAUACAUACGGU